AUUCUCAGAGAAUUUAAUCGUCGGUUAUAUUCUCGGUAAUAUUCUCGUUCUCGGUAAUAUUCUCUGGGUAAUAUAACCGACUUAGAACACUAAUGGACAUGAAACUGCAUUCUAACACAUGAAAAAGAAAUGUGAUAUACAUACAAGUGUAUCAAAUUGUGUAAAAGUUUGUUGAGACAACAAAAAUGGAUCUAUUACAUACAUUUGUAUAUUAUCUUCUAUUUAAAAUUAUCUAUAUAUAGUAUAUAUUAAGAGAAAAAUAUUUGCAUCAAGCAUUCUCCUCUGAAUAAUAAAAAUAAAUGUAUAAUAAUAACAACAAUGCAGAAACACAACAUCAGCUGAGUGUUCGAUUGCCUUUUAAACUUUAUAAAUAUGGUGCAAAUGACAAGUUUUACAAGUAUAAAGAAGAAUGGGUUGCAUCAAUAGUCGAGCAGAUAUUAAUGAUCUUCAUUCAAAUAUUUUUCAAGUAAUGAAUGUAGAUGAUUUAGGUAAUUUAAUUACACCUGGUCGUUUAGAAGUGACUGAUGUAGAAAUAGUUCUUUAUCAAAGAGAAAAACAACUUGUAAAGUGGCCUUUGCGCUGUUUGCGGCGCUACGGAUAUGAUGCAGAAAUAUUUAGCUUCGAAUCAGGAAGGAGAUGUUCCACAGGUCAAGGGAUAUAUGCCUUCAAAUGCCGUCGAGCUGCACAACUUUUUAAUUUAGUACAAACAAACAUACAAGCCUGUAACAGUAAUGAAGAUACAAUAUCCAGAGAAAUACAGAAUGCCUCACUCUCUGGACCUUCCAUAAAUCGAGCGCCAGUACCAACAGAGCCUAAUUAUCUAGAUCCAACACCAGUUAGAAACAAUAAUCACACCAGCUCUAUAAUUUCUCAUAGUUUACAAAAUGGAGUCGGAAGGUUAGGCAGCAUAGGCAGUAGUAAUGGUCUUAUGUCUCCUCAAGGAACUUUGGGAUCUCCAUCUCCACCUCUUACUUUACCACCUCCUCCACCUGUUCCAAGCUUAAAUUCGUCCUCAUUAUACGUCAACGAGGAAGUACUGUCUUCUAUGACAACUGAAAUGGAGCAUAAUAAUAACAGAAAUGUUCGAAAGUCUAUCCAAAGGUCAAGUACAAUCACUAGUACAACAUCAAAUAGCGGUUUUGCUUCAUUCGACCAGCAAUCAGUACAGCCUUACCAAGAUGCCAGUUACCAAAGCAACCCUGCUGAAGAAGCUUGCUACAUGAAUGUGAACAUUACCAAUGAUUCUAGUUCUGUAUCUCCUUCCCAUAGUACAUCAGAUUUUACGCCAUUGGGAGAUGAGUAUAAUCCAGUAGAUUCAAUAGAACAUCCCUACAUGAAUAUAAAUCAAGGCCAAGAAAUAGAUAUCCAAAUUACGAAAACUCGACCCCCACCUUUACCACGUUUACAGUUGGAAUGGGAAGACACUUUUAAACACUCCUACGCAAAUUUACAAUCGAGUGAAAUAGAGAGUUUAAGGAAACGAUUUUCAGGUUCUUCCAUAGCCGAAAAAUCGCCAUUGCCUCCAUCAACUCCACCGUCUUCUUGUGUUAUAAGAGAAGUAAAUUAUGCUGUUUUGGAUUUAGAUAAGAAAGAAAUUUCUGAAAAUUUCAUUAGUGAUUCUACAACUAACACAGUCUCUAUACCUCCAGAAUCGCCAAACAAAACUGUGAAAGGAUAUGCUGUUAUAGAUUUCAAUAAAACAGCAGCUCUUUCACAUUCUGUAAAUUCUAAUCUCGUGAACGACAAUGAAGGUUCACGAAUAACUCGACAUAAUUCAACAAUAAGCGAUAUAGCUAUUCCACUUAAAUAUAGUUCGUUUUUAAGCGAGUGACAUUAUUAUUGUUAUUUUUUACGAGUACAAAUAUUUUUAUACAUCAUACUCUCACUCUGCAACAUAUUAUCAUAAUUUUUCAUUUUUUAUUAGUUAAAUGAAAAUGUAUAAAAAAACAAUCAACGAAUUUCAAAAUUACUUAUUCAACGAAACAUUUGUCUACAUUCUUAUGAAGCUUUUCUACUAAUAGUUAAUUAUGUAGUAAGAGUUUCGGAUUAAAUUUUUCUGGCCUAACAUGAGAGUGUACUGUAUAUUACAUUAAAUUUAAUUAAGUGCAAUAAAUUAGACCAAAUAUUAAGAAAAUUUUUUAGAAUUAAUUCAGGGCGUAGAUUCAAGGAGGGCAUUCAAACGUAUCUAUAUUGUCCUUUUUGAGAUAAGGUGACUAAAAGUAUCUACAAUUAAAAAUUGUUAAAAUGCAUAAAUAAAUGUUUCUAGUAACUAGCAUGAAAUUAACUAAGAUAAUAUUGAUAUUUUUUUCAAUAAAAGUUAACAAUAAAUUAA